AAUAUAUAGCAACACUUUUCAUGAAUGUCAAAACAAAGUGCUGUUUCAGGCGAUUGUGAAAAUAUGAAUUCGAUUUUCGAUGAAAAUAAAUAAUUGAUGUACUGUAAUGACUGAAAUGUGCAAGUUUAUAAAUGAAAAUAAUGCUCUAUCGUCUUUUCCGCGGUCGUUUAAAAUUCAGGUUCUAUAUAGUUUUCACAAUAUUAGUUGCAGCCUCGAUAUGUUGUUACUUCUUUCCGCCGAUUUAUCAAAUUUCUCCAGUGACUGUGCCUCCAAACCCUUUGCACCCUCGUUCCUCACGACAUUUGUCUAAAUUGAUGACUGUAGUUUUCCGUCAGUUCGAGGAUUUCGAGAAUGAUAUCGCUGAUAGCGUGCAAUCUUUCGUAUCAGCCUUCCCUAAUAUGCCCGUGGUGGUGGUAUGCGAGAACACACCGUAUCCACCUUUUCCGUUCUCUGUGACGAACGAGACUCUGCGAAAUGUUAAGGUUUUAUCACUGGAGUUGAAGUUAAGUGCUUCGCCGCAGGACUUUAAUCCCUUGACGCAAAUAUUUACUGAGUAUGUGCUGUUCGUACCUGAUUCCACGCGAGUGUCGCGUCGUGUGCUGCAGCUGGCGAUGGCGGCGGCCAUGGCCAGCCCUACCCAGGCUGUAGCUAUUGGGGUGGGGAAUUCCCACUUAGUAUGUCAGCAUGUAAAGUGGAACUAUGUUGAUUGGACCCUACAGUACAGUAAAGAUGCUUCAGGCAAGGUCUGUGAUGCUGUACAUGGCCAGCAUGCACUGCUGAUUAAAACAGCAAUAUUACAGAAACUACCACAACCUUUCUCAUUGCCUUUUCCUGAGUCACUUUAUCUACAAACUGCUGUCAAAAAUGUUAAGGUUCAAUUAUCUGAUGGCAAGCUAAGUGCUGGUAGAGGAGUGCUGAAGACUCCAGGAGCAAAGCAGAGGGCAUCUCGUCAUAUGCGGGACUACAGGGUGGCUCUGUACAAACAGUUGGGAGUGAAGGCAGUUGUCAGGGAGGACGGCAGAGUGCAGUGGUUUGGAUGCAAGAGGGAGUCACAGCGAUGCUACCCAUCAGUGCAAGGCACACCAUCGUACAUACUGUCAGGACGCAACACUCCACCGUGUUGUCGCCGCAACAUGCGUCGUGUUGCGGGACACGUGCUGCGCGCGCUGUUGCAAGCCGGCGCCAGGUGUUGGCUGGAAACUACUUCCCUACUUGGUGCUGUUAUAAGGGGAGAUAUUCUACCAUGGGCGGAGUACGUGGAAAUCGGCAUCCAUGCUUCCGAUGUAUCUCGCGUAUCCUGGCUACAGCGAGGCGGCGCUGACGCUGACGGCUUCGUCUGGGAGCGCGCGACUAAAGGACAUUACUACAGAGUGGCGUACUCCGCGACUAAUCGCGUCUAUGUCUUAAUACUGCCGUUCACAGCUAGAAAUGGUACCAUGUGGCCUGCGGACUGGGUGCUGGCUCAUCAGAGAGAGUUUCCUGAGAGACAUUUGCAUCCUUUAGCACAGAUAACUUUCGCGGGUCGUCAAGCACCAGCUCCGAACGACGCUAGAGCUUUCCUGGAUCUAAAACUAGGGUCCAAUGCAGUGGAGCGGUGCGACAAACUUGGUCCCAAGUUACUCUAUCCUUAAGUUAACUGUAUACUUGCACAAUAUAUUGUUUUACAACUAGUCAUUUACAGUAUAUACAAUAAUAUAAGGACACUUAAGGUAAGCGUCCACAGGCUCGCAUCGUACGCACCACACUCAGCAUACGCAUUCCGUAUGAUGUCAUCAGUACGCAUCGCAUGUAGGCAUUGCUGAUGAUGCGGUGCGUACGAUGCAGAUCAGUGGACGCAGUUGUAUGAGUUUCUAUACAAGACAAACUAAAAUCCGUUGCGUGCGAUGCGUGCGGUGCGUACGAUACGGGCCUGUGGACGCGUACCUUAAAUGUGCGUUGUUACAAAUAUUAUGGCAUUUUACGUCAUAAGUUGUUUCUCGAACAAAACAAUCUCGUGAUCGCGUUUAUUAUUAUUUAUUUUUUAAUUGUUGUUUUAGUGAGAAUGCAAUAUUACGUGAGUACUAGUCACUAGUUUUAAGAUAUCGGUGAAUAAGUAGCUACGUAUAUUAUAUUUAAGCUUAGAAAGAGAUUUUAUAGUUAAUUUUUAAAUGGCAGAUUUACUUCUAAUUUGUAAGAAAUCGAAAUAUUAUUUGUGGACUAGAAUAUCUAAAGAAAUUCUGAAAAUAUGUAUUUAAAAGAAUAAUAUGUGUUUCAAAUCGUUAAAAAUAUAUUAAAACUGUUUUUGUACAUAAAUACAGAUUAAAUACGAUCAAAACUAAAUUGUUACAUUUAAAAAAAUAUUUUGAGAUAUCAAUGACGUAGAUAAGAGUAAAAAAUCUAAGAGAUUAUUUAUAAAAAUGUAUCGGAGUACGAAGUAAAAUUAAGUAGUAAUAACUACUUAUAAAAUUAAAUAUAUCUAGUAUAGUUUUAAUUAUUUUUAAUAUUAAAAUUAAGACAAAUUUUGGAAUUCUUGUGAUCUAGUAGACUAGUCAAAAUUUAAUACAAAUAGUAAGUGUUCAUUCUUUCGAUACUAUUCUAGUCUCAAAAUCUGUUUUUUUUUCACAAAGGCUUUUUUAAACCAGCCGAUAUCACACCACUUACGAAUAUAGUACUUAUUGCUUUGGUCUUAACUGCGAUUUUAGUUUGUAAGGCAGCUAUCGCGUUGUUUUUGUUGCUUAGUUUUUUUUUUAUAGUGUUUAUGGUCCGCCAGUGAAAUUCACUUGCUUCUAUGUACAGGCCAUUAAUAAAAAUGGCGUCCAUUGAGAAUGGCGUUGUUUCGUUUUUUGAGAGUUUAUCCUAAAGUGCAUUUUUAACGUGCCUUUCUUUUUGGGCACAUUUCAUUGUAUUAGAAUAAGUUUAAAAGUUUAAUUUCAAAGCUUUAUUAGAAUAAUUAAUACAAAUACAAGUAAA